AUGAAGACCAUGCAGGCGUGGACCGUCGCGUCCGUCGCUUUGGCUUGGACCGUCGCUGCAGCCGUGAAUCUGGAGUGCACCUUCGCCAACUCCAACAUCAACAUGACCAACAUGAGUCACAUGAUGCAAGGCAUCAAAGCCAUCAAGUACUCUCCUCACAUGAUGGGCGCCACCUUCAACGACAAGUACAACUCUUCCCAACCGAUCUUCUCCCUUUCUUUUGGCCCCCGCUCAGGCAACGCAGCUGGGCGCGAACACCAUCCGAAUGUCCCCUCCGGACCGGACUUUUUUCUGCCUGACACGGGCACAUGGAAGCCUUUCCUGGAUGAGUGCACCAACAAAAACCUCUCAGUGAUCCCCACGUUCUCCGUUUAUCACUACCUAGCAGAAGGCCUCGCGGCCAGCGAGAUGGAAGCAUUAAUCCAAGAGAUGCUUUGCGUCAGUUGGUCGGUACUUCAUCUCCGGGGGUGGUGCGGUGCCCUUUGGGUCCCACCCAUGCCUGGCCACUGGAGGGAAGCUCCACGAGAGUGCCCGAGGAUUAGCGGCUUGCCAACAGUGGAGAGUUUGGUUGGCAGCUCUCGCCUCAUCGACCAGGGGUACAGCGCAGCAGACGACAGUUCCCUCAUCGAGCGGCGCUUCACCAGGAUUGCCAUCCGGGCGAUGUACAGCUGCAUGAAACAACUCCUCUUGGGAAGUGAUGCGCAGGAACGGGGCGCGGACAAGAUCGCGCUGGCCGUCGAUUUGAGCUUUCCAGCUGCCACGGUGGGAGACCACGGUGCGUUUGGGGUGAGUUGGACUGAGACCAUGGUGGCUCGGUAG